GAUAAGCUGUCGUAUUCGAAAUAUCGAAAGCCGAUAAAAUCAGGCUACCUAGGCAACGAUGCCACCCUGUGCAAAAUCCAAACAAACGGUUAUUUUCAUUUAUUGUCAAACCUAUGUAAGUCGAAAUGGAGCCAGAAGCAAAUUCAAUAAAAACUAAGCGCAGCAAGAAAAAAAUGAAAACACAAACAACACGUGCAUAUCGCAAGUCUGAAAAGGAAGUUCAACAGUUGCUGUGGCAAAGUGAAAAGGUCGCCGCACAACAAACAGUAGAUGAGGAUUUGGAAGCCCGCAGUUUGCAGUUUUUUCACUAUGCCAAAGCGACCGAUUCUGUGGGUGCCACAACUGGCAAAACGGAACUUCCAAAUGAUGACACACCUGCACAAUACACUGCGGCCAGCUUCUUACAAAUUGAACUCGCUGAACCACCCCUUGUGUCCGGUAAGCUGCAGCGACAGCGUCAUUAUUAUGACUCCACUUUGUUGUAUUCGCCCAGUGAGCGGCUGCAUUUGCCACUACAGCUAAGUGAAUGCGAGCCCCAACUGAAGCCCCAGCAGAUACGCAUGCUGAAUCGGUUUCAGGAGGAGGCCAGAUAUAGUAAAACGACCGCCAAACUAAGUGCCGGAAUUAUUGCGCAGCUUUCAGACUGUGAACCGGGCCGUUACACCAUCGAUACCACGCUCUACCACAGCAAUUGCUCGAGGCAGUUUAAAGGCGUCUUCCUGGCACCUGUGCCGUUGGCUACCUUCCACGGACUGCCCAUGAGUCGUUGCCUGAAGCUGUGCCUGAAACAGUUGCGCUUCAGCGAACAUCCACAGCUGCUGGAGGAGCAUCGGCUGGCGCAGCAACUGGAGGAUCUCUACGAUCUCUACGCAUACAAUGUGAACAGUCAGAUUUGCAAUAAACUGCGCGAAGAGUUACAAAUCGCUCGCAAUGUGGCUGCCCGCCUAAUCGAUGCCAGCAAGCAGCAGCACCUGAAGGAGCAGCAGCCAUCGCUGCUAGCGGUGCACGUUCAGCGGCAAUUGCAAUUGACGCAGCAGCUGCGCAGACGCUACUAUGCCGAGUCCAGGGCGCAGCGUGUGCUGCUGCAGCGUCUGCUCGCCGAAUGGGCCAAAUUGAAGGAGCUGCGCAAGCGGCAACAGUUUCGCUGCACACGCUUCAGCCUGAGCCUGCGGCUGGUGCCGCCUGCUGAUCUGGACGUCUCCUGCUCGGCGUGGAAACAGCGUUUCGAGACAGAUCUGGCCGAGGUGUAUCGCGAGCAUCUGGAGCUGUACUAUCAGCAGCGGCGCAUUUGGAAUGACAGCGAGCAGUCGACAGCGGCGCAUACGAAACCGCCGCGUAAGCCUCGAUUUACGGAAAUCAUGGAGUCCCUGAGGGCAGAGUAUGAGCGAGCCUUUCAGGAUCCAGAGGAGCCGGAAGUUUUUGUGCAGCGUCUGCCAGCUGAUGAAACAAUGCCCAAUGAUCCCAAGGCGACGGCAGCAGCAGCAGCAGCAGUAAACGGUAAUCAGCUGAGCUUGGAUCGCAACUACUACCUGAAGAUCUACCUGGACAGCCAGUUUGUGGCACAGUCGCGCACAUAUCGCCUGGAACAGGAUCUGCAUGUGGACAUGAAUGAGACAAUAGGCGUGCUGCUAAAUCGCUCCAAUCCAAAAGAGCUCAAUAUUUGGCUGUAUGAGAAAUCGACAAUAACUGCGCACAGUCGCCGAUUGGCACUGAUAAACACUCCGUUGCAGGCGACUCAAAGGGGCCGAUCGGAGGAGAAACUGAGCUUCGAGGUGACAUCAUCGCGGACAUCAUCAUCGGCAACGCGCCCGAAAUUGGCCGGCGAUCUCUAUGUGCACAUUGAUUACUAUUGUCCUGAUGGCGGCAGCAGCAGCAAUGAGCUGGACGAUGUGCAGCCGCUGCCGCCGGCACUGAGGCAAACGUUGCUGGCGAAAAGUUUGUCCGCGUCUGCGGCCGGAGGCAGCGAUGCAGGGACACGGCAUGCGCCGCUCAUCUUUGCCGAGCAGCAGUUGCUGUUGUGCAGCAUCGAGGAACUGUUCCAGAACAGGCGAUUUCAGCUGCUCUAUUCGCGCCAUCAGCAGCGCAAUUUUCACACCAAACAGCUGAGUUUUGUGCCUGCUUUGGCGCAUGAAAUCGUUGAGCUGGAGGAGCACGGACCCAAUGCGAAUGUUGGCCAAUUGCUAGAUCCGGGCACCAUUUGGCAUCCAAUCGAUCUGCACAAGCAUCGAGGCCGCAAGUUUCUUCACCUGCUAUACGAGACCAUAAUGAACCAGUGCGCACAACGGGCCAAGCUGCUUCAAACACCAUUGCCGCUGCUCCAGCUGUGGAGCGAUGGCUCCCCCACAGAGCAUACAAUGGGCUGGUCAACAAUUUGGCGUGCACUCUGCUCCAUUUUUGUUCGCCAAGCGGCCAACAGUCCCAGCCGUGAGCCGCCCCUGUGGCAGCCCCAGCCGACGUGUGCCCCGAAUCAACAGCUGCAACAGUUCACUGUCUCGUUGCAUGUAGUGCGUGCCACGGGUGUGCCAGUGCGCAGUCGCCACAUCCUCAACGUGGAGCACCAGGGACGACGACGGAGCAGCGCCGGCACAAACAGCGAUCUAAGCGCCAGUCUGUUCGUUACCCAGACGCUGAUGUACUCCAAUGUGCGACCAUUUAUUACACUAAGCUAUGGCCAGAGACUGUGUCGCAGUCGCACCGCAGAGGGCUCGAAUCCCACAUGGAAUGAGCAUCUGCAGCUGCAGCUGACGGGUCAGCUCAGCGAUUUGCGCGAGGAUCUGAAGAUCAGCCUGUUUGACGAACUGGUCGAGCAGCAGUACACGGACGAGGCAUCCGAUCUCUACCAGCGCGUGCAGUGCAACUGGCUGGGGGAAUAUCGGGUGCCCAUUAGCAGUCUCUUGGCCAGUCGCAAGUUCGAGGGAUGCAUCGAGCUGUGCAUGCCCAAGGUGCUGGUCGGCUAUAAGAGGCCGCUGAUUGAUUCGGUGACCAAUAUAUCGGUGGAGCAAUAUCCGGAGUUCAAGGAGAGUGUGCAUCUCUGGUUCUAUCUGAGCGUGGAGCCGGCUAGCCAGUUGACGCCACUGCGAAUUGGCGGCCUGGCCUGUGCCGAGCUGCCGCAACUGCAGCAAUAUUUGCGCGAGCGCCGCCUGGAGGUGCAACCGCUAUUGCCACAUCCGCAACGAUAUGUGGAGCCGUUGAUAUGUACGUCGCAUGGCAAACGCGUGUGCCUCACACGUCUGCUGGAGCCGGUGUCGCUGCCCAGCGAGUCGCAGCUGGAGCGUGUUUGUCGUUUUGUCUCCCUGCUCACUCCGGUGCGCAGUUCGCUGGAUGGGUGCCAGAGCUUUGAAGGCGUUUGGCUGAACAACCAAACGCUGCUGGAUAGCACCUGGUGUUCUGUGAAAGAUCUGGGCGUGCUGCUGUGCAAUUAUAUGCUGGCAUUGGGCCUCGAGUGCUGGCUGCUGCUGGGAUUGGCCUGUCCCUAUGGCGAGUCCACGUUCGUCAUCUACCGACAGCCGGACAGCGGCGAACUGGUCCUAGUGGCGCCCACAACUGGCAAACGCUACCAGCUUCAGGAUGUCUUUUGUCCGCUGACACGUGUCUACUCGCUGGUGACGGCACAGAAUAUCUUUAUCAAUAUACAGGCGGAAGAGCGCGUCAGCAUGACGGAUUUCGAUGUGCAGAAUAGCGAAUGUUGGUUGCCGGUGUUCACCAAGCGGCAGCAGGCGCCCCACGGUGGCAUCCAGAAGCGUAACUAUGCUUACAAGCGCAGCUAUCACCUGAGUCAGUUACAGAAGCACAUCGAGCGCAAGAUUAUGAAAAAGAUAAGCGCCUGGCGCACCACACGCAAAACAUUGUGGAAUCGUGCCUUUCAGCCACACCUGCUGAGAAUUUUGAAUGAAAUGGAAAGUUUGAGCACGCUCCCAGGCAAUCGUUACGAUGAGCCGGCAUUCAGUGAGGAGCUGGAGCGCGAGUUUCCCAAUUAUAGGCUUUAUGGCUUUACCAUAAACUUUGCCUACACCAACCUGUCGGCGAUAUCGGAGCGCAUUCGCACCAGCUGCAUACACUACAACAACAAUGCGGCCGUCGAGUUCUGUGUGGCGGUGCACAUUAAUGCCUAUGCCAACGAUGUCCUAUCCGUUUGGGUGUUUCUGCUGUCAAUAGUGCCCCUGGUCGCCUAAUUGAUUGACUCGACGUGAAUCAAUGCGGUGUAAAUAGCGUCAAUGUUCGGUUGUUGAUAACGAAACUCGGUGAGCCGGCUGUCUUCGUAGAUAAUGCCCACAAACGCUAAUCAAUAAAAACAAAUUCUUUAUCACUCGCUGUACGGAAAGCGGGAAAACAUACUUCUUGGCAGUUGCAUAUCUCUUAUUCUGUAUGCCUCGUAUGCGUAUGUGCCCGGUUAUUGCCUAAGGCUGGUUGGGUUUCUA